CUCUCUCUCUCUCUCUCACCUGCAACUGGAACAAGCAGCCAUGGCUACAAUAUCGAUGGACUUAGCGACUACCUUCAUUGGAUUAGCAAAGCGACAGGCGAAUACACUCAGACUUCGGACCACAGUCAUCUCACUUCCAUGGAGAUCCAACCUUCAUCUAUCUCGGAGCUUCCAAACAUCGUCAGCCGACCUGAAAAUAGUCUCCGUUUUUUCAAAUUCGAAGAGACGUGUUCGCAUGUUUACGGCCGCAGCAGCUACCACAACUGAGAAUGAGAACUCGGAUAUUUUGACUAAGAUUCCUCCUGAUGAUCGAAUUCCUGCUACAAUAAUCACUGGGUUCUUAGGGUCUGGGAAGACUACUUUGCUUAACCAUAUUUUGACUGCUGAUCAUGGAAAGCGUAUAGCAGUGAUUGAGAAUGAGUUUGGUGAAGUGGACAUUGAUGGUUCUUUAGUUGCUUCCAAAACCACUGGGGCUGAGGACAUAGUCAUGCUCAAUAAUGGUUGUCUCUGCUGCACUGUGAGGGGUGAUCUUGUUCGGAUGAUUUCAGAGUUGGUUGAAAAAAAGAAAGGAAAAUUUGAUCACAUAGUGAUAGAGACUACAGGAUUAGCGAAUCCAUCGCCAAUCAUCCAGACAUUUUAUGCAGAGGAUAGAAUUUUCAAUGAUGUCAAACUGGAUGGUGUUGUAACCCUGGUUGAUGCAAAACAUGCUGGUUUUCACCUCGACGAGAUUAAGCCCAAAGGUGUCGUUAAUGAGGCAGUUGAACAAAUUGCUUAUGCUGAUCGCAUUAUAGUGAACAAGACUGACCUUGUCACUGAACUGGAAACCGCUUCCUUGAUCCAGCGUGUGAAGAACAUAAAUGGCAUGGCUCAUCUAAAACGUACUCAAUUUGGCAAAGUUGAUUUGGAUUAUGUUCUUGGGAUUGGAGGCUUCGAUCUGGAGAGGAUUGAGAGUGUAGUUAAUGCAGAGGAUUCAAAGGAGGGUCACAAAGAUCAUGCAAUUCAUGAUCACGAUCAUGACCAUGACCAUGACCAUCAUCAUCACGAGGAACAUGACCAUAAACAUGAACAUGCUGAUCACCAUCAUCACACUCAUGAUCCUGGGGUUUCUUCUGUCAGCAUAGUUUGUGAAGGCAAUUUGGAUCUUGAGAAGGCCAAUAUGUGGUUGGGUACACUACUGUUGGAACGGAGUGAUGAUAUUUAUCGAAUGAAAGGUCUCCUAUCUGUUGAGGGUAUGGAUGAGAGAUUCGUCUUUCAAGGAGUUCAUGACAUAUUCCAAGGUUCUCCAGAUCGAUUAUGGGGCCCAGGUGAACCGAGACUAAACAAAAUUGUUUUCAUAGGGAAGAACUUGGAUGCGAUGGCUUUGGAGAAAGGAUUCAAAGCUUGUUUAUCGUGAGAUGGUGAAGACAUCCACAUGACCUUGAGUGUUCAAUAUAGUGAGAGGUAAAGAUUAGUUUGGGAUGUAGGAAGAGCUGUGCUCUUUUUGGACAUUGAAAGGAAUGUUUGCUCUUUAUUUGCCAUUCAUCCUCUUGCUCUUUGGGUGACUCUUUUGUGCUGUAGAGUAUGUCACAGUGAAGGUUAUUGGAAUGCAUAUCUUUCUCAAGAA